GGGAUGGCGCGGCGCGCCGCGAUGGCUGCGGCGGCGCUCGGCGGCGCCCCGGGGGGGAGACGCGGCGCGGGCGACACGGCCCGGAGGCCUCUGCGAGUCGCCGACCGGCGUCGCCAGGCGGCCAUCGCCUUCCUCACCAACAUCUCCCUCGACGGGAAACCCGCGGCGGUCGCUGCGGCUGCCGCCGGGACCGCGGCGGUCGGCGGCGGCGGCGGCGCGGAGGGCGGUGGAGGUUGUGGCGGAGGAGGAGGAGGAGCCGGCCGGGAGGCGGCGGCGGCCGCGGGCCCCCCGGGCACGGGGCCCGAGGCGGCCGCGCCGGCGGCGGCCGCGGGCCCCGCCGGGUGCGAGGCCUCCGUCCCGGCCAACAGCAGCGUGGCGAGCGGCCUCGGGGCCGAGCCGGGCGCUCUGCUCGCGGCGACGCCGCUGCGCUCGCGGCCCAGCUCGGCGGGAGCGGCACCCGCUGGGGGCCCCGGGGGGGCCGCCUCGGGGCCGCAGGGAGGAGGAGGAGGGGGAGCGGGAGGAGGCCGAGCGGCCCUGGGGCCCAUGCUGAGCGUGGAGGCGCCGGGCGCGGUGAGCGACGUGCAGAGGCAGAGUCUGUUGUUCAGACGGCGGUUAGCCUCCCAGCGCUCGUCCGUAGACACCCUGGAGGAGACCGAGGCGCUCACCUCGCUGCGGAGGUGCCGCCGCACGUCUGGCUCCCCGCCCGGGCGCAGCGGGCGGACGCCUCACUUUGUAACGAAUUUAAGGCAGCAUGACACGAGCAACGGAAGGAUAGUGCUGAUCAGCGCCAAGCGAUCGUUCUGCACCGUCUUCUCGGUGCUGCCAUACCGCGAGGGCACGCACCUGGGCGAGGUGCGGGCCGAACCCGGGAGGCAGAGGCAUGCAUCCGGGGGUGUCCCCACCUCCACGGAGAUGGUGAUGGGCCUGGAGGGCGUGGAGCUGGGAGCCGAUGGCAAGACCGUCUCGUACGCUCAGUUCCUCUUCCCGACGUUCGCCUUCCUGGGCCGGAGGGGCGAUGCGCCGCCGCCACUGCCAGGGGUGGGCGGUGGGGGCAGCAGCUCGGGGCCGCAGCCCCUGCAGCAGCGCAACAGCACGGGCCGCAACCUGGCCCUGUUGCGCCAGGCCACGUUCGAGGGCCUCAAGCCCAGCAGCCCCGCCGCCGUGGAAAGCGGCCUGGGCCUAGAUGCCGUGGAGUUCCUCGAGUACAACCCCAACCUCCUGGAGGACCCGCAGUGGCCGUGCGGGAAGCACAAGCGUGUGCUCAUCUUCCCCUCCUACAUGACGACGAUCAUCGAGUACGUGAAGCCGUCCGACCUAAAGCGUGACAUGAACGACACGUUCCAUGAGAAGUUCCCGCACAUCAAGCUCACGCUGAGCAAAAUCAGGAGCCUGAAGCGCGAGAUGCGCAAGAUGGCGCUAGAGGAGUGCGCGCUGGAGGAGUCGACGGUGGCCGUGGCGUUCGUCUUCUUCGAGAAGCUCGUGCUGCAGGGCAAGCUCAACAAGCAGAACCGCAAGCUGUGCGCCGGCUCCUGCCUGCUGCUCGCCGCCAAGAUCAGCAGCGACCUGCGCAAGCCGGAGGUCAAGAACCUCCUCGACAAACUGGAGGAGCGUUUCCGCGUGAACCGCCGUGAGCUCAUUGCGUUUGAGUUCCCUGUGCUGGUGGCCCUCGAGUUCAGCCUCCACCUCCCCGAGCACGAAGUGCUGCCCCACUACCGCCGCCUCGCCAGCCACGCCUGAGCCGCCCGGGGGGGUGGGGGGGGCGGGGGGGCCGCGGGGGACCGGAGUCGCCUCUGCAAGGUGCUGUCCCUCCAGAAUCGGAGAAUCGGAGUAUUUAUUAUUUAUUCUGGAGGAAUCCGACGGGCUUUCAAAGCUCUUCUUCCACACGCGCCCAUUAGGGGCGCGGUGAGGAACGCCGAGGGGUGAUGCGGAGCCCAGACCCUGCCCCACGGGAUGGUGAACCGUGAGUCCCUGUGCAGGCCUGGUGCAGGCCUGCUGCAGGCCUGGUGCAGGCCUGGUACAGGCCGGUGCAGGCCGGUGCAGGCCUGACACGUGUGGGCAGUCCCGGUGAGUUGGUUCGGUUCCUCCGCCCCCGCUCCCCCCGCCGAGUAUUUGCAACCGCGGGAAAAGAAAAAAAUAAACUAACAUUCCUUACCCCGCGGGAAACCAAAUCGUUACGCCGUCCAUCGUGACCGUCCCGUGUUUGGUCUGCUGCCCGGAUGGGCAGGCGCUACAAUCCGCCCAUGUGAGGGAUGCGCGCACCAGCUCCGCCCGUGCAUUUUCCACCGCGACGAUUCCGGCCUGCCCUCGGUGAACCGACGUGGUCAAACAUUCUGGUUAACCGACGUGAACCAUUCUGGUGAAUUGACGUGGUGAAAUAUUCUGGUGAACCAUUGUGGUGAACCAUUCUGGUGAACUGACGUGGUGAAAUAUUCUGGUGAACCAGUGUGGUGAACCAGUGUAGUGAACCGACGUGAACCAGUGUGGUGAACCAGUGUAGUGAACCGACGUGCUGAACCAAUAUGGACCGCCGGUGCCAAUUGGUGCCGUAGGGUGGUGAUGGGGGCUGCUAAUCCCACCUUGCCUCCCCCCUCGCCCUGUGUCUGUGUGUUGGCGCCCAUCCGCGUGCGUCGCCCGCGGUCACAUGGGAGGCACCCCCCCCCAACCCCCCCCCCCAACCCCCUGACCCACUCCCCCCCCCUCCCACAUUCAACCCCACGAGCCCCGCGACCUUGGUCCGAUGUACAUAUCCUGUCGCGGCGCGUUUGACGCGUCGCGCUCCCGAUGAUGAUUGUGCGCCCACGCGCCCCCCUGAGUUUACUCGCCAGUGCCAGCUUAGACUCCUACCCGCUAGCCUCGCCCCCCCCCGCCCCGCCCCUCGUGUUCGCUGCUCCCCCCCCCCCCACACUGACCCCCCCCCCCCACUAUCUCAUGCAGCAGGCGAUCGACGGUUCCGCUCGCAUCGUGCAUGGGGGUCGUGCACGCACACAGACACGCAUCAGCGUUACCAAUCCGUGUCUGUGUGUGUACACCGCUAGAGCUACUGGAGCCCGAGGCCAAAAGAAAGUAUGCUACUUGCACCGCUGUAGACUCCUGAUGCCAGUGUAGAGAUCGCUAGUUGUUCCACUUUAGACUCUACUAGAGUCUGAUGCCAGUGUAGAGAUCGCUAGUUGUGUCACUAUAGACUCUACUAGAGUCUGAUGCCAGUGUAGAGAUCGCUAGUUGUUCCACUUUAGACUCUACUAGAGUCUGAUGCCAGUGUAGAGAUCGCUAGUUGUGUCACUGUAGACUCUACUAGAGUCUGAUGCCAGUGUAGAGAUCGCUAGUUGUGUCACUAUAGACUCUACUAGAGUCUGAUGCCAGUGUAGAGAUCGCUAGUUGUGUCACUAUAGACUCUACUAGUGUCUGAUGCCAGUGUAGAGAUCGCUAGUUGUGUCACUACAGACUCUACUAGAGUCUGAUGCCAGUGUAGAGAUCACUAGUUGUAUCACUAUAGACUCUACUAGAGUCUGAUGCCAGUGUAGAGAUCGCUAGUUGUGUCACUGUAGACUCUACUAGAGUCUGAUGCCAGUGUAGAGAUCACUAGUUGUAUCACUAUAGACUCUACUAGAGUCUGAUGCCAGUGUAGAGAUCGCUAGUUGUGUCACUAUAGACUCUACUAGAGUCUGAUGCCAGUGUAGAGAUCACUAGUUGUCACUAUAGACUCUGCUAGAGUCUGAUGCCAGUGUAGAGAUCGCUAGUUGUGUCACUAUAGACUCUACUAGUGUCUGAUGCCAGCGUAAAGAUCGCUAGUUGCACCCGCAAGGCCCUCGUGACUUGAUUUAUGACUCGGGACGGUGCAAUGGGCCACAGGUGCUGCCACCGUGGUCUUACGGGAAGCAGCCCGAUGGCCCUCUUCGUGAAAUGUGAGAGUUUUGGGAAAAAAAUUAAUGACCAUAAUAAUUAAUGUUGCAAACAAACUCCUUCAUGCAUUCACUUGGGGCUGAGCUGCCAGGAUCCUCGGGGAUGUGGGGCCAAAGUGCCGCUUCCUUCCCGGCUUUGGGAUUCGACCUGGCCAACAGCAGCAGCGUGCUUUAGCUAACAAACCUGGCCAGUAGUUUACACUUUAGUGAACACCCCUGGUGCAUACAGCAUGCUUUAGUGAACACACUUGGCCAGUAUAUUACACUCAAGCUAACAAACCUGGCCAGUACAGCAUGCUUUAGCUAACACAUCUGGCCGGUAGUUUACACUAUAGCUAAUAGACCUGGUGCAUACAGCAUAUUCUAGCUAACACACUUGGCCAAUAUCAUUCGCUUCAGCUAACAAACCUGGCCAGCGCAAACUUACGUUUAGCUAACGCACCUGCAAAGUAUAAUACACAUUAGCUCACACAGCCGGCGCGUACCGCAUGCAUUAGCUAGCACAAGCGGUGUGUACCGCAUGCAUUAGCUAGCACGACCCGGUGCGUACCGCAUGCUCCAGACCACGCACUGCAAUGCAGCGCAGUGUUGUGAACGGAACUCUGGCUGGGCCUCCAUAAUAAUUGGGAAUGCUUUAAGCCUGAGCCUUGGCUUUGCGCCCUAUCUUGUGCUCGCGUGUUUUUUGCGUGCAAUUUAGUGCAAUUAGUUAACGUGUUGCCAAUUGCAGACGGUUGGAAUAUAUAAUAUAUACGAAUGGCGGCGCUCUGUAUGUACACGCCCUGACAAUGAAAUUAAUGUGAACAAUAGGAAUGGGUUUAAUUAUAUAUAAGAAUCAGAUCUAUAUAUAAGUAUAUUACAAGUUUUAUAUGUAUAGAGAGAGUAUAUAAGUAUGCGAUGCAUCUCAAUUUUGACUGGAGCAGGUGGAGCUAGCAGAGGGCGCUGUCGCGUCGGUCUCCGCUACGCUUUGUACG